AUGGUGCUGCUCAUUGUUGAGCGUGUUGGUUUGCUUCUCGGUGUUCCAUUUGAUCAGAUUCUGGCCUUUCUAUCUGGUUUUCUGCUAAAAACUUACCUUCCUCCGAGAAAGCAGGCAUCCACAUGGCGACAUAUUACAGAAGUCGUCGUUGGCGCCGCCAUCAUAUAUCUUUGCUACGAAGAACGCGUUGCGCUGUUGUUUCUGCAGGCUAUACCAGCCUACCUUAUGAUGCUUGUUCUUCCUCCGCAUAUCGCCCAAUACGCCGUACUUGUGUUUACUAUGGCUUUUCUUUCAUGGGUUCAUAUCCAAAGACUUAGCGUUGUGGAUGCAAGACGACAAUCGGUUGAUAUUACCGCACCGUUGAUGAUUCAAACGCAGAAGCUGUCCUCCCUCGCAUUCAAUCUGUACGAUGGCGAAAUCCUUGCCACUGGUAAGAAGGUUUCAAGGGAAUCACAGAAAUUGCAUGCAAUCAAAAAGUCGCCGAUGUUGUUACCCUUUUUUGGAUACCUUCUUUGCUUCCAAAACUCUAUGGUUGGACCAUUUCUUUUCUACACCGAAUACCUCUGCUUUAUUGAAGGCCGCGAGGAGGACCUGCUUACUGAUCCAUUUGAACGGGAUUUUGUGACAAAGAACAAACCAAAAAUUCGUGAUGCCAAGGCAGCCCUUAGGACCCAAGCAAUCGCAUUCCUUUUUCACGUCCUGCUCACUCUCUACGCGCUGGGACGGUAUGACCCGGAGUAUCUCAUUUCGGAAGAGUUUCAACGACUUGGUAUCUUCCGAAAGUAUUUUUGGCUCACUCUGUAUGGCUUUUACCUCAGACAAAAGUUCUAUUGCGCCUGGUCAAUCAGUGCAUUGGCGAUGCUGAUUUCCGGAUUUGGGUUCUCCGGUUUCUCAUCUAGUGGGACCUUGGAGCCGGAGUAUCGCAACGCUAUUAACGUUCACUUCUUCAACAUUGAGGCAAGUUGCUUCCGGUUUGCGCCCUUUUGUUCACCAUUACUAAUUCCUGUCGUCCUCACUGGUGCGUUCAUCUUCAAACAUGGGGAUAACGAUGUUCUUUUUUUUGUCGCUAAAUGUCUGCAUACCUUUACAGCCCAUUUUCUUUGA